AUGGCUCCCGGUGUCCUCGUCAACGAAGCCACGACCCUCCCGUCCCCGGCUGCGGCCAAGUGGAAGGGCAACAACGCCGAAGCGCCGCGGGAGAUCUUCCCCGACGGUAUCCGCACGUCCGGCCAGCACAACCCCCUCUACGAGAAGCUGCGCCCCUAUGAGGAUUUCCCCAAGGAGAUCACCGGCCCGACAGUCUGGCACAAGGACGAGUUCGUCAACAACCCUGAGCGAUGGACUCACCCUCUUACCCCUGAGGAGGUGGAAGAGCUCAGCCGCACUGCCGACGCCUUCAUUGCGAGCGGCACAGCGCUGACCGGCAUCACCAAGGAAAACUUCCCGCUGCCCAACCUCAGCAAGAUUCUCGUCAAUCUGCGCAGCGACCUCAUCGACGGCAAGGGCUUCAUUCUGUUCAAGAACUUCCCUGCCCAGCAAUGGGGCCCUCACAAGAACGCUGUCGCGUACAUGGGUCUCGGCACCUACCUCGGCUACUUUGUGUCCCAAAACGGCCGUGGACAUGUUCUGGGCCACGUCAAGGACGUCGGUGAUGACGCUACGCAGAUUGACAAGGUUCGCAUCUACCGAACGACUGCUCGCCAGUUCUUCCACGCCGACGAUGGCGACCUCGUCGGUCUGCUGUGCGUUCACCGCGCCGAGGAGGGUGGCGAGAGCGAUCUCGUCAGCGUCCACGCCGUCUGGAACAAGCUGCAGCAGGAGCACCCUGAUGUGGCCGAGAUCCUGACCAAGCCCAUCUGGUACUUCGACCGCAAGGGCGAGGUUUCCGAAGGCCAGGACGGCUGGACGAGACAGCCCGUAUUCUACCUCGAGAACGGUGGCAAGGGAAGGCUGUACUCCAAGUGGGACCCCUACUACGUGCGAUCCCUGAAACGCUUCUCCGACCAGGGCCUCAUUCCCGCCCUGAGCCCUGAGCAGGAGAGGGCCCUCAAGAUUCUCGAGGAAACCUGCCAGGCGCUAGCCUUGCACAUGAUCCUUGAGGUCGGCGACAUUCAGUUCCUGACCAACACGCACAUUCUGCACGCCAGGACGGCAUACGUCGACCACCCUCCUCCUCACCCCCGCCGCCACCUUUUGCGACUCUGGCUGUCAACGCCCGAGAACGAGGGCGGAUGGGCGCUGCCAUUUCAUGACAGCAACGAGAAGAAGCGAGGUGGUAUCCAGGUGAACAACACGGCGCCGCGUGCGCCUCUCGAUGCUGAAUAG